AUGCCCUCCCCUGCCCCAGAUCGAGAUACCCUCCUGUCUGCCGCCCAGGCGUUUUGCAACUCAUUCGCUCGCAAAGAGGCGCCAGACAAGAUCUUCAGCCACUUCUCUAGUUCCGACGAUGUCCUUGCCCUAGAGCAUGGCCUGCCGCAACUGGCGCCCUUCCUCGGCCGCGAGUUUCGAGGCCACAAGGGCCUGCAAGAGUACUUUGGGCUUCUGUCUUCCACCUUGACAUACGAAAACAUGCGCUUCACUAACUUCGUGGUCGAUCCACUCGUCUCAAAGGUGUCGGUUCGUGGAGAAGCAAAGUUCACGUGGACCGAGACUGGUCAAUCGUGGGACGAGGUAUUCACCUACGUCCUGGAGUUCGAUCAGGAAUACAAGGUCAAAGUUUACGAGAUAUGGGCGGGUAAGUUCCCCGGCCAGAUAGAUGCCUGUAUCAGUGGUGCAGCUGAAGUUGCCUCAAGAUUCUGUCUCCGGGAUCCAGCUAUGGAUUACUGA